AUGGCGUUGAAGCUUCUUGCCUUGGCCUGCUCGGCCUGCAUGGGAUGCGUCCAUUCCAUCCGGUCAGCCUCGACCUCCACAUACAACCUCAAGGCGACGGCGGCCUUAUACAUCCAAAGCAUGGAGCAAACGGCAUUGACGAAGAUAGACAGGUACGGCGAAGUGCCUGGAAUGCAUCCGAAGGACAUCACGGCUUUCCUGACAGCCUUCAACCGGGAGGUGCUCGAACCGGAGCUGUAUGCCGAGGGCUUCAGUCGCACGGUGACAGCAACGGGGGCAACGGUGGUCCUGGGAGACUUGCACGGACAGCUGUUCAACUUGCUCGCCUUCCUCCGUCACCUCCAUGAACAGUUGCAGAUAUCCAGGUUCUCCCUUCUUCCCGCAUCGAAGCUUUUCAUCUGCGACCCAAAGAUUCAGUACAUCUUCAUGGGCGACUACGUAGAUCGCGGCGAACGAAGCGUGGAGAUCGUCCUGCUCCUGUUCGCCUACAAGGCAUUGUGCCCUUCCGGCAUAAUCCUGCUCCAAGGCAACCACGAGGAAGCGAGAACAAAUGAAUAUUACGGCUUUAACAAGGAGGUUGAGUACAAGCUAGACAGGCAAAACUCUCUCCCCGGUCACUAUGGCCAUCGCUCGAUGUAUGCUCCGAAAUCUGCACUGUGGGGUCAAUUCAACACGCUGUUUUCGAAGCUACCCUUUGUUGCGGUCGCGAAAGGGAUGUUCAUGGCCACUCACGGGGGCAUCUCCCCAAAGUUCGUGAGGGCAUGCUCCAACCAACGAGGUGACUUCAAUCGUUGCUUGAGUUACGAUGUUGGGUCGGAGAUGGUAUGGUCCGACCCCCACGAGGGAGAUGGAUGGGCGCCAUCUCCUCGAGGCGCAGGCAUCUACAGGUUCGGGGUGGAUGUCGCCCUCCAGUUCUUGUAUUCGAACGGCUUGAAGAGGCUACUCCGAGGUCAUGAGCAAAUGGCGAAGGGGAUUAGCACCAUUGUGCUUGACAGAAAACGAGAAUACGCUGUGCAAACAGUCUUCUCAGCAGCAGACUACAUUGGGACGUUUUGUGUCGACACGAGAACCAACCGGCCUUUGCGACCUCCGGCGUGGGAUCCGCAGAUGUUCAAUGGAGGUGGCCAGAGUAAUCUUGGUGGCAUUAUGGUGGUCGACUUCUCCUCCGGCACGCGUGUCGACUUCAACCCGAUUGUGCUUACUGGAAACAAAGCUCGGGAGCUGGCGAAGGAGUUUACAGGGGCACACUGCCAUCACCACUCUCGCACGACUGCGUCGAAUAGGCCAGAGUCAAGGAGUUCCAAAGGGGGCACACAAUUGCACGGAUCUCUUGGAACGACCAGACGGACUUCAACGACCACCCCGACUGCCACGACCAGACGAACUUCAACGACCGCCACGACUGCCACGACCAGACGAACUUCAACGACCGCCACGACUGCCACGACCAGACGAACUUCAACGACCGCCACGACUGCCACGACCAGACGAACUUCAACGACCGCCACGACUGCCACGACCGGACAAACGUCAACGACCGCCACGACCAGCACCACGGAGGCAGAGACCGAAGAGAGUAUCGUCCCCAGAAACACCAAGACCGAGGAGACCGAAGAGCAUACGGACUCCGAAGGAACUACGACGGCCAUAGAGACCGAAGAGCAUACAGACUCCGAAGGGACUCCGACGGCCAUGGAGACCGAAGAGCAUACCGACUCCGACAAGACCACCACAGUCGAAGAGAAGACCCACUCAACCUAUAUGAAUGCCAUGGAGAGCGAAGAGCAUGCAGACUCCGAAAAGAUCACUACGACGACCACCAUCGAUGAGCCCGAAGAGCACUUCCAGGACGCUGACAUAGAUAUGUGGGAUUGGUCGCAGCCGAAUAUCCCGGAUGAAAUGGAGGAGGAUACCAGUGAGCAGGGGUUGCCUUGGAAGGAGAAGUUCAAGAAGUUCUUCGGCGUGUCCUUGUUGGAGCGUGUACAUGAUCCUGAGACAGAGCAGAUCGAGCUUCCCAUCCAUUGCCGCGAGCAGCUGAGCCAAGAGGAGGCACAGGAGCACGAGGACUACGUUCGCUCCAGCCUGAUGGCCGCCGAGGACAUGCAGUUUGAAGCUCGGAAGAUCAUUGACUUGCAGGGGGAAGCGGCCGUCUGCGAGGAUCCGGAGGAGGCGAGCUCCGAAAACUGCAAGGCCAUGUCCCGGGAUGUCAUCACCCUCAAGGUCUUUACCGGCUUGAAAGGCAGCAAGCAGGUCCUCGAAGAUCUUGAAGAAAGCAUCGUCGGUCGUGAAGAAGAACUCGAGGGACUGGUGGCCUCACGGGCCAGCCAAGAAUACUGGCCGGCUGCAGGCUUCUCCGGCCUUAUCGACCUCGUGUUCCUUGUAGCUGAGCCCAUCUCCCCGACUCCCGAGCACUUCCGCGACAAGGCCAGCGUGGCGAGCGCAUCCCUGGAGCACGUGGCGAGAGGACUUGAUGUGGCGAUCAACUCCAUCGACCACAACAUUCAGCUCCAGUAUCCCCACCGGGAGAAGGCCGAAGCGCUUCUCGUCAGCGCGUCGGACAUCCUGCGUGAGGCCACCUACCUCUUCGACGGUGGUGGCCUGGUUCUUUGGAUUGCCUGUUGA